AUGGUAGGAAACUCAGAGAUAGAAUUAUCUUCUGUGGAUCAUACAUCAGAUUUGGACCGUGAUGAGAAUCCCGUGGUGUCGUCGGUGGAAGAUGAUGAUGGUUUGGAGCCUGUUGUGUUGAGGGUUCCCAGUGGACGUGGUCUCAUCUCUGGACUGCUGGGACUCAACAUAGUGCUCUUCGGUGGCUCUCUGGUGACAGGAGAUGCUUUCCAGCCUGUGAGAUUUAUGGAACCUGCGGUGUUUGUGCUGGUACUGAUGGUACUGAGCUUGAUGUGGAUGCUCUGGUACCUGCUGUGGGCUCGCAGACAGCCGGAUAUCAGUCCCCAUACGGACCAUCAUGCAGGAGGCGCUACUGUCACAGGGGUCCUGAUCUUGUUUGCGGCUUGCAGUCUGUUAUUGUGUGUAUUCAUGAUGGGUUACAACAUUGUCUUGAGUUCGUGCCUCUCAACCAGUAAACUUUUAUUGCCCUUCUUUGAAACACCGUUCCUGUUCAUGCAGACGUAUUUACUGUGGGCUCAUUCUAAAGACUGUAUUCACAAACACACCAUUCUCACCAGAUGCGGGCUGAUGUUGAUUUUGAGCACAGAUGUGUUGCUCUGGUUGAGAGCGGUCACAGAGGACACCAUUCAUAUGGAGAUCGAGAUGGAGAAACAGAUCACAAAUGACAUCAAUAAUACAGAUUGGGAUAAUGACACUUUGUGUCGUUGUGCCGCUCAGCCCGUGUGUGUUGUUCUGAGGAAAGGUUAUGAAGUCUUGUACCCGUUCAACAUGGAGUUCUGUCUUCUGGCUGGUAGUAUGCUCUACGUGAUGUGGAAGAACGUGAGCCGUCACACUGCAGGUGCACACCAGGCUCAUAACAUCACACUGAACGUGAUGCGGCGUGGUGGGAUUCUGCUGGGACCUGUGCUGGGUUUACUGGUGCUGCUGACGGGCGGCACCGUGUUCGUGCUCUACCAGAUGUGGGUCGGCCAACAGGCCCGACGUGACACCGCCUUCCUGCUGUUUUACAGUUUCCACCUGGGUUUGAUUCCCAUCAUGGUGCUGAGCUCUUUAUCAGCUGCAAUAAUACAGAGAACUCAGAUGACGGCGGACGGGCACAGCGAUGACGUAAAACACGAGCUGGCACACAUGAAAAAUCCCACCCGCAGUCUGGAUGUGGUGCUGCUUUUGGGGGCAGCAUUGGGGCAGCUUUCUCUCUCUUAUCUAUCGCUAGUGGCCGGGCUGUCUCUGGGGCCCAACGGCAUCAUGGGAGAGCUGGACCUGUCGUUCUCCAUCCUCAGCCUGCUGGAGCUCCUGGUGCAGAAUGUGUUUAUCAUCCAGGGACUGCAAACACACGGCCACGCACACGCCAAGAGACUGAAGAACAACUCCAACCGCAAGAAAACGGCCAGAGGACAGAGAGAAGAAAACAUCAUAUAUAAGCAGGGAGAGAGGGUCCCGGAUCCAAUAGGAAGUGAUGCAAUCUUUGGGGAAGGAAAUGACUCUCCAGGCCAACAGAAGGAUUGUGAUCAUCAUAACUGGAGCAGAAGGAUUAUUAAAGAGAUCUGUGCGUUCCUCAUUCUCUCCAACAUCAUGCUCUGGGUCAUUCCAGCGUUUGGUGCUCACCCUCAGUUUGAGAAUGGAGUUGGGAAACAGUUCUUUGGGUUCGUGGCCUGGUUUGUGCUGAUGAAUCUGGGUCAGCCGCUUAUCGUGUUUUACCGCAUGCAUUCUGUGGGGGUCCUGAUGGAGAUCUUAAUUUCUGCAUAGAUUCCGACAAAACCU